GUUUAGGAGGUAACAUUAUGGCAAUGCCAGCGGUCAAACGUUUUUCUACCAUUGGUUUCUCUUCGAUAUUCCAACGAUUAAGGCCUAUUGUUGUUACAUCUCUCUCAUUAACUAGGUAUAUUUGUGAUGGAAAACGUAUCAGCAGGUUUCCAGUCCCAAAAGUGUCAAGUUUACCUGAAGAUCUCAGAGAAAGAUUCGCACUAGAAGAAGAAAAGGCUGGAUUUCUUCCCAAUGUUUUGAGAUGUCUGUCGCAUCGACCUGACGAAUUACGUGCAUUUCUGAACUACUACGACAUUUUGAUGCUAAAAGAAAACAACCUGAGCAAAGCAGAGAAGGAAAUGAUUGUCGUGGCUACAAGUGCUGCCAAUAAUUGCAUGUACUGUGUUGUAUCACAUGGUGCUCUUACCCGUAUUUAUUCCAAAAAUCCUCUUCUUGGAGAUCAAGUGGCUAUUAAUUGGAAGGCGGCAGAUCUUACCAAACGUGAACGAGCUAUUUUGGAAUUUGCAACUAAGAUUGGUCGAAGUGAGACCAUAGAAGACAACGACUACGCGGCAUUGGAGGAACAGGGUCUUGGACAAGAAGAUGCAUGGGAUAUAGGAGCAAUAGCAGCAUUUUUUGCACUUUCAAAUCGUAUGGCACACAUGAUUGAYAUGAGGCCAAACAACGAGUUCUUUAACAUGGGAAGACUUCCUAAAGAAAAUAAGUAAGCACUUGACAAUUAUUCAUUAUAUAAAAUAUCAAGUAAUGUAAAAAUAGUAUUUUUUAAAAUACACUGUAUAAAUAAACUCUGCAAAAUCGCUA